CUUCCCAUCUCUGAUAAAUGUUCAUUGUAUGUCUUGUAAACAUACUUACUUACACUCUUUCUUACUUAUGGUUCAAAUAAGUCCACUCAGAGAAAUCAUGAUUCGUAAGGGGUGGCCACUUUUUAAAUGUUUCUGGCUUGUCUAAGAUUCCUGCCUUCUAAUUAAAUCGUGGAAACAAAUCAAUGCUGUCUGAGUAUCCACUCAUGCAGCUGACCACUGGCUAGCGAGUAGGCUGCUGUUACUGUUCUAAUUGGCUUCACAUGAGCUGUGGGUGCGACUCAUUUCAACCGACAAAAGCAAAGUCUCAUGUUUGAACUUUGAUACUUCAUUCCGACACUGCCCUCCUCUCUCUCCCCUACCUCCUUACUCGAUCGCUUCUCCGUUUCUCCUCGGCUGUACUGACUCCCUUCCAACUGAUGAUUUCUCCAUUUUUUUGUUUUCUAUUUUAUGACAGCCAUCUGAAGUUCAGAUGGCUCCAGAAAAGGAAAGCAAUGGUCUCGACAACUACGCAUUUGCACUAGAGGAGCGCUUCUGCGACGUACCUGAAGCAACACAUGGAGAUGUUGACACUCCCCUGGACGAAGAGGGCAAUAAGUUGGCUUACUGCGUCACUGAUGUACCACCUUGGUACUUGUGUAUCCUUCUUGGUAUUCAGCACUGCUUGACGGCGUUUGGAGGAAUUAUUGCCAUCCCAUUGAUCCUCUCACAAGGCUUGUGUCUUCAACAUGAUGGCGUCACACAGAGUCACCUGAUUUGCACCAUCUUCUUCAUGUCUGGAAUCUGCACUCUGCUGCAAGUUACUUUUGGCGUCAGGCUGCCAAUUCUCCAAGGUGGAACAUUCACAUUGCUUGCACCGUCCAUGGCGAUGCUGUCAAUGCCCGAAUGGACUUGUCCUGCUUGGACGCAGAACGCAAGCCUCGUCAAUACGUCAUCUAGUGAAUUCAUAGAAGUGUGGCAGACUCGAAUGAGAGCAGUGCAGGGGUCCAUUAUGGUGGGCUCACUCUUACAGGUGUUUGUUGGUUUCUCUGGCCUCAUUGGCAUCUUCAUGCGUUUCAUCGGCCCUCUCACCAUUGCGCCCACCAUCUCUCUCAUUGGGCUGUCUCUUUUUGAUUCUGCUGGUGAACGUGCAGGGAACCACUGGGGAAUUUCUACCUUAACCACUACUCUGAUCGUCAUUUUCUCACAGUACCUUCGUCACAUUCCUGUCCCUUUGCCGACAUACAGCAAGGACAAAAAAAUACACUUCCGUCGUGUUUACAUCUUCCAGAUUCUCCCCGUUCUGCUUGGAAUCUCCUUGUCCUGGCUCCUGUGUUAUAUUUUAACAACCUACAGUGUACUUCCUUCUGAUCCAGGCCAGUAUGGCUACCUGGCUCGUACUGAUCUGAAAGGCGAUGUCGUGGGUAAAGCUCCUUGGCUCACAUUUCCCUAUCCCGGUCAAUGGGGGAUGCCCACUGUGAGCUUGGCAGGGGUACUUGGCAUUUUUGCUGGUGUGAUUUCGUCCAUGAUAGAGUCUGUUGGGGAUUAUCAUGCGUGUGCCAGGCUGUCCGGGGCUCCGCCUCCACCUAAACAUGCAAUCAACCGGGGGAUUGGGAUAGAGGGCUUAGGGUGUCUGCUGGCUGGAGCCUGGGGCACAGGAAAUGGGACCACCUCAUACAGCGAGAAUGUGGGAGCCCUCGGUAUCACCAAGGUUGGCAGUCGUAUGGUGAUUGUUGCCGGGGGUGUCUUUAUGAUAGUUAUGGGUAUUUUUGGCAAAGUGGGAGCCAUUUUUGCGACCAUCCCAUCGCCUGUCAUAGGAGGGAUGUUCAUGGUUAUGUUUGGGGUCAUUUCUGCUGCAGGAAUUUCAACUCUACAGUAUUCAGAUUUGAACUCAUCUCGCAACAUCUUCGUGUUUGGUUUCUCCAUGUUCUCGGGUCUGGUCAUACCAAACUGGACACUGAAGAACCCCACAGCAAUUUCUACAGGUGUGGACGAGAUAGACCAGGUGCUGCAAGUUCUUCUCACAACCAGCAUGUUUGUUGGAGGCUUCUUUGGUUUCUUACUGGACAACACAAUCCCAGGCACAAAGGAGGAACGAGGCAUCCUGGCCUGGAACAAAGCUCAUGAGGACAGCUCCAUCAACACACGGGAGAGUAGAGAAGUUUAUGGUCUGCCUUUUGGACUGAGCGCGCACUUAUCUUCUUUGCCAUGGAGCCGUUUCCUACCGUUCUGCCCACCUUUUGUGCCCAAAGGGCCUGAUGAAUGUGGAGAGGGCAAAACCACUCAGGAAUCCAAGAAGGCACUUGGACAUUCAGAGCCUUCGCAGAUCAGUAUUGGAGUCGCUUUUUAAGUUGUGAACUCACAUCGAUCAGCAUCCCAUUUUGGGGAUAUUUUUCAAUACAUGCAAUGCCAUGAGAGACACCAGAAUUUGAUUGCUUUUAAUAUUAUUUCAAGUGACCUUAAAUGAGCUAUUUAUGUUUGUAUAGAGUUUUUUUUAAAUAACUAAACUCAUUCAUGUUAUUAUACUGUUGAGUUAAUGUUGCCGAAUCAUUUGCAACACUAAUGUAAAGAUAAAUAAAAUGUGUAAAUCAUGCUUUAUUUAA